AGUGCGUGUUGGAUAACAAAAACGAUCGACCACCAAGUGCGAAGACCGACAGAUGCGUCUCAGUACUGCCGUUCAUUGGACAUGUAUCUUGCCCUAGGGCAUCCCAUGCCCACUGACUCUGCUGAGCAGAUUUCGCCUCUGACGCUGUCCGGCACCUUCUGACGCAGCAGGCAAAGCCACGUGACUUGGCUUCUCCUACGGCGUCAGAGGCGCAAAUCAAACGUCAAGAGGCAACACCGCCGCAUCUGUGUCAGCUGCUAAGUGAACUACACUACACACAGACAAGCAAAUGCCCCCCUCCCCUCCUCUCCCCUCAUCUCAUCUCCCAUGAAACCUCACCUCACCCCCCCUCCCUCAGCAAUCGCCUCGGCACAGUGGCGCUCUCCCCCCAGGGCGCCUCGCCGGUCCACCACACGUCCCUCCACUGAUCCACAAACACGCUGUACGCAGGACCCCCCGCCACAGCGAUCACACGCACACGCAUCUCACGCAAACUCACAACCAACGUCGGCUCCUGCACGAAUCGCUUUGCGCUCCGCACCCCCCCACUGCCCAUCCCCACCCCCGUCUGGCCCUCCAGGUUGCUGCCCAGUGAGUACACGGUGCCGUAUCGGGUCAGGAAGAGAGUGUGGAACCUGCCGCAGCUGACGGCGCAUAUCGAUCUCGGCGGGAGGGAGGGGGGGAAGGCGAGUUGCAGGGGUGUGGUGGCCUGGCCGAAAGACCCGUUGAUGGCCCAGUUGGCCCCCCACACCCACACCCUGCCGUCGUCUGACAGCGCGGCGGUGUGGUCGCUGCCGGCAGAGAUGGCCACGAUGCGGGCGCGUGAGAGCGACGUGGUGACCUGCUGCGGGGCCGUCUGGGAGACCAGGUGGCCGAGGCCCAGUUGCCCGUGAGUGUUGUUGCCGUGGCUGCACACGCACAAGGCUCAGGCCAAGACACAACCUCACGUCCAUUUCUCAGACAAUCCAAGGAAGUGGUGCCCCCACUGCGCAGCGCCCGGACUCACCUGUACACUCUGCCACGGUCGUCUCGCAUGACGUUGUGUGUCGCCCCGCAGGCAAUCUCCACAAUGCGAGCGCCCUUGCACACCUUGUCAAGGCUGAGCCACUCGAUGCUGUCGCCCCUCCCCCGGCCCUCCAAACCGCCCUGCGGCGGGAGGGCAAGCACACCAACACGGCCGCCUUGCGUGAGAAGCUGCAGCCAGUGCCCGUGAGAAGCAUACACCACCUGCAAUGCAUGACACACAGAAUACACGUUCGUUCGUGUGCUUCUGUGUGUGUGGUUGUUGUGUGUGGAUUGAUUUGAUAGGUGCUGACUGACACCCACCUGCUUGAUGGCGAGAUCGGGGAAGACGCUUCUCACGAGCAUGGAGUUCUGGCACAUCCGCAGCCCCCUGCCACCCCGGCCAUGCGAGAGGUUGCUGUGUAUCCUGAGGCCCAUCCUGGUCCGCGACACAUCGUCGACACUUUCGGGGCCCUGCAGGUCGCCGGCCUCGCUGACGUCGUCUCCGCUCGCGACGCCGGCAAUCGACCGGCGCUCUGAGAAGGCCGCCAUUGCCAGCCGACCCAUUGGCGACGACAGCAGGAUCGUCAAGCGGAGAGGACCGCCUCUGAAGGCAAGGAAGGAUGCUGGGGCUGGCCACCCACGAUGCACCCCUCCACAUCACGUACACGUACGUACCUGUAGACCUGUCGCUCCGUCACGCACAGCCCGUCAAUCGUGUCCGCAGGCAAAGACAGGGGCAGCGGCUUCAGCCGAUGCGAAGUGGACGCACACACCGACCCAGUCGACACGCUCUGGGACGCCUCAGAAGUGAACGACACCGACGGCACGUAGCCCUCCCUGGCAGCUGGCCCUCUCUCUCUGGCCCCCUCUCCGUCCUCUCGCACAUCGCAGUGUUCCGGGAUCUGGUACGGCAACAGCUUUUGCCCCGGUAGGGGAUAGGACCGCCGGCCGACCAGCUGUUCGCGCAGAAACGGGGGUCUCAGGUGCGAGAGGCGGCCCUCACUGGCGGCUGCUGGGGUGAAGGUGCCGCCGAGUGGGGAUGACGACUGGCCUGCGGGCGAAGGCGAAGGGGAGGGAAGCUUGCGGGGCGCGGGGGGAGAGGGAGAGGGCAAAUACGGGGGGGCCUGAAUGAAACACACACACACACACACAUGGGCAAACCAACCGUAUGUUAUGUGCUUGCUCAGCUCAUGUGUACACACACACCUCGACAGCGAUGCGUCGAUUGAUCUGCAAUGUCGACGACCCGCUCGCACCGUGGCUGCCUGAGGCAUCGGACUCCCCACCAGCACAAAACGCCAUCACAGCCGAGUCGUCCUGGGCAGAGGACGCUUUCGACUGCAGCUGCACGGCCCCCGCCCACCACAAGCAGCUGCCCCCCUGCAGCGAGUGCGCUUCGCGCAUCGGCUGGGGGAUAGGUGGCUCGUCAGAGGACGAACACGAUGGGACCCUCACCGGACGGCGGGGGCCCUCACCUUGUGGACCACCUCCAGCCACCAGCAGCCCGUUCCUUGCUGCAACCAUGUUGGUGGGCUCAUUCUGUCGCUCGACAAACAUCAGAAAUGCAGCAGGAGCCUCGCCAUGGUAGAGAGCGCUCUGCAGGGCGGCUGGCGUAGCCGGAUAGCCAUCCCACACACGCUGCAGGAUCUGGACGACCGCAUCAGUGGGGUCGAGCGUUCGCGAUGCGCAGGCUGCUUUGCGGAGGUCAAUCGAUGCCAGGAGGUUCAGAAUGCGGUCCCUCACCUCGACGGGCGCCAAGACAAGCGGGCUGUGGGGAGAAGGGCUCGCCAUCGCCUCCAACUAAGCCCU